ACACAAUUUAUUUAAAAACCACCACAUUCCCACUCGUCAAUUGACUCAGCAUCGAAAACUCAGCAAUGUCAGAAGAACCAGCCCAACCAGUCCAGGAAUCCAACUCACAAUCGGACGUUGACAAUGCUGAAAAGCUUGCCAAACAAGAAGAAAUAGAUUCGAGAUCAAUAUAUGUUGGCAAUGUAGAUUAUCAAUCUACUCCAGAACAAUUGGAACAAUUCUUCCAUGUAGUUGGUAUUAUUGAACGAGUAACCAUAUUGUUUGAUAGAUUCAGCGGAUUACCUAAAGGUUAUGCAUAUAUUGAAUUUGAAAAAAGUGUAAGUGUACAACAAGCAAUUGAUGAAUUGAACGGGAAGGAAUUUAGAGGUAGGGAGUUGAGAGUUACAUCCAAAAGAACUAAUUUGCCUGGGUUUAGAAAAAGAGGUGGUGGCAGAGGUAGAGGCAGAGGUGGACGCGGUAGAGGUAGAGGCGGAAGAGGAAGAGGUAGGGGAGGAAGAGGUAGAGGAGGAAGAAACCUGGACGAAACCAGUGAAAAUGCCAGUGUGCCAACGGAGCCAUCAGAAGAAGUCGAUGGAGAAUAAUCUUAUAUAGUUCUUUAUUCAUUUUUAUACAGUAUUACAAUGUCAUACUCUUUUUU